ACGGCUGAGCGAUAAAAAAGCAAUCCGGUGUAGUCCCAUUCAGGCGACAAUCUUGGGAGGCGAGGGAAGAGCGAGAGUGAGCUAAAAAUCUCAAUUUCGUCCCCGAAAAGAGGGAAACCAAGAAAUGGGAAGAAGCGAGAAGAAAUCAAGGAAGCGGCGCACUCUUUCUAUCAUCUCCGAUGAUGAAAGCAGAAGGAAGAAGCACAGAACGAGAGACGACAGAGAGAGAAAGAGAGACGAGAAGAAGGAGAAGAAGGAAAAGAAAAAUGACGGGAGCAAAGAAAAAGAUAAGAGCAAGAAAUCCCACAGAAGCUCCACAAAACCCCAAGAUAGAGGAAUGAAGUCUGAUGGUAAGUGUGACCGCAAGCAUAGUAAAAGCAGUCGUCACAUGGCGUUAGACAUGAGGAGCACUAGAAGCAUGACUCGACGACUAAGAGGCACUAUGACUGGCAGCACCAGCCAGCCUCAGCCUCAGGAUCCGCCCCAGCCAGUUGGUUCCAUAGAGGAGGCUCCUAGUGAUUCACCGUCCACGAAAAAAAAGACUCGAGGCCCCACACGAUGCUUUGUAGUUUGGAAUAUGCCUGAAGGACAACGCAUUCCUAUUGCCACCAACACUCUAGGGCAACCUGUUGGUGACAAUGUCAGCAAGCUUACAAACUUCUUAGGGACCAUAGCACGUAAUGGGGAAUUCGCACCCCUAACAUUUUCUGAUUGGAGGGAAGUACCGGUUGAGAGGAAAGAUUUUAUGUGGGGGCUUGUCAUGUCCAAGUUUGACAUGGACAGGAACAUUAAGUCUUGGGUGCUGAGGUCGAUUGGUACAAAGUGGAGGGACUGGAAGUGUGAGUUGAAGAAACGCCACUACUUGCCUCAUGAGACUGAUGACGAGAGGCUCGCAGACCUUGAUGAGCGGGUCCAAUCGGAUCAAUGGAAGGCCCUCAUCGAGUUUUGGAACUCUGAAGAAGGGAAGGCCCGCAAUAAGAAGAAUAUGGAGAAUAGGAGAAAACAGAAAAUCGGUCAUGCCGCAGGCUCGAAGAGCUUCGCGCGGAUACGCGAGGAAGAGGUGUUAGACAUGAGGAGCACUAGGAGCAUGACUCGACGACUAAUAAGCACUAUGACUGGCAGCACCAGCCAGCCUCAGCCUCAGUAUCCGCCCCAGCCAAUUGGUUCCAUAGAGGAGGCUCCUAGUGUUUCACCGUCCACGAAAAGAAAGACUCGAGGCCCCACACGAUGCUUUGUAGUUUGGAAUAUGCGUGAAGGACAACGCAUUCCUAUUGCCACCAACACUCUAGGGCAACCUGUUGGUGACAAUGUCAGCAAGCUUACAAACUUCUUAGGGACCAUAGCACGUAAUGGGGAAUUCGCGCCCCUAACAUUUUCUGAUUGGAGGGAAGUACCGGUUGAGAGGAAAGAUUAUAUGUGGGGGCUUGUCAUGUCCAAGUUUGACAUGGACACGAACAUUAAGUCUUGGGUGCUGAGGUCGAUUGGUAAAAAGUGGAGGGACUGGAAGUGUGAGUUGAAGAAACUCCACUACUUGCCUCAUGAGACUGAUGAUGAGAGGCUCGCAGACCUUGAUGAGCGGGUCCAAUCGGAUCAGUGGAAGGCCCUCAUCGAGUUUUGGAACUCUGAAGAAGGGAAGGCCCGCAAUAAGAAGAAUAUGGAGAAUAGGAGAAAACAGAAAAUCGGUCAUGCCGCGGGCUCAAAGAGCUUCGCGCGGAUACGCGAGGAAGAGAGGGUGAAGAGGGCUGGUGGGGAGGAUCCGACCCGGGAAGAGAUGUUCAUAUUGACCCAUACACGCAAGGAUGGGACGCCUGUGGAUGAAGCCUCAUCGGUAGCAAUGUUUUUAUUGCAGUUACAACUCAAUGAACGAAUAUCUCAGCAGCCUGAGGCCUCACAUAGCAGCACUGCGAGGAAUGAUGUAUUCUCCCAAGUCAUGGGAGAAGAUCGACAUGGCCGAGUCCGCACUUAUGGGUUAGGUCCCUCUCCUUCUGAUUUGUGGGGCAUAACACCCAACCCUAGCAAGUUUCAAAGGAUGGCCUCCGCUGCUCCGUUGAGAGACAAACAAUAUGAGGGAUUGCAAGCUGAAAUAUUAUCCCUAAAAGAAACCGUGUCUGAAAUGUCAUCCUUAAAAGAUACUGUGACGACACUGUUGUCCGCCCUGACGAAUCCAAACAUUAACCUAGCCACGGUAUUAGGUGUAUUAGCUAAUCCCGCUAAUCCCAACCUGAACCAACCGUCUCCAUCAUUAAGUCACUUGGUUCCAACCCCCCAGAGACCCUUAGCGAAGAAGGGGAAGAAUACGACUAAUACUAGUGCCGGGGAUGUGACCGAAGUUCUCCUUAUGAGUGUCGCGAGGUCCGGGGUUACUGUGGCUAAAGGAGCUGUUUUGAGUAAGGAUCCACUCACAAAAGUAGGGAGGUUAGAACUUGGAAUUGAUUAUUGGGAAGUAUCUGUUCAGGUGGCAAUGGUACCUCAAGAGGCUUUGAUAAGACCCCAUGGACGAUAUAAAACAAUUGCGGAUGUGGUUGGAACAAGUAUUGCUUGGCCUGCUAGUUUAUGUGUGGUUGUAGGCAGAGAUGGAUGAAGGCUAAAUGUAGGGAUCUUCUUUUUUUUACUUUUCCUUCAAGUAUUUAAAACUAUUUUCAACUUGUGUAAUUCUCAUCUACCAAUCUUCAUGUCUGUUGAAUUUUGUUCUCUUGGUGCCAAUUUGUUACUUUUUAGAUCUGGAUUUAUUCAAUUAUUAUGUUAUGAGGUUUUGCUUUUGAUUUUGUGUCUGCUUGAAUAAUCUGAAAUGCAAAACGUGAACAGUUCCUUUUAUUAUGAUUUAAGAUGAAGGUAAACAUCUAUUUCUACUUUA